GUGUAAUCAUCAUUUUGUGGGUUUGACGUAAUGAUUCUAAAACAUGGCCGUCAGCUGAGAAACCUUACAUCGAUGAGGAAUCGAGAAUUUUUUUUCGUUGUUGUCAUUAAAAACUUUCAGGGAGUCAUUUCGGAUAUCGAAGUCGAAGAAUUAGCCUGAAUCGUAGGGUCAUCGAGGGAUAUUAGAACAUUUCCGAAUUAAGAUGGACUCAAAAUGUCUCUGUAGUAGCUGUUUACGUUGGUGUGGAAGGUCUUUAUGCCGUUUUAUCCAAUCACAAGAGGAAGGAAUACGAAGUAAACGCCGUUUGGUUGGGGGAGUGAUCGUUUUGCUUAUGGUGGAUGUGAUUUGGGUUGGCUCAGCAGAGUUAACUGAUUUUAUCUUUAAAAGUGAAGGAUUUAACAGGCCAUUUUUCACCACGUACGUCAAGACAUCAUCUUUUAUGAUCUAUCUCACUGGAUUCCUUUUUUAUGAGCCGUGGAGAGUAUAUUGUACUAACUGUGAUGAAACAACUAAUGUAUCAGUAUCAGUUGAAAGCCAAGCUGGAGAACGUUCAUCACUUUUAAACUCUACGGAGACAUCAGCAUCUCCCACAACACACUUGAAUGAGCCAACUUUUGAACAAAUGACAGAUGAUGAGCGCACCAGCGAAGUUGAUAUACAUGUAGUUUCUAGUGAUUCAUAUGAAAUAAUUUCAAAGCCAAGAAAAGUCACUUUCAACAAUGUGAGAGAGGUGCGACAGUUAGCAGACCAUAUUGGGGAGCAGGCCAGGAUUGCAAGACGACCAUAUCAGACUACACAAAUACCAAGCCAGAAGUUGCCACUUAGAAAAGUGGCUAAAGUGGCUUUAAUCUUUUGCUUUUUAUGGUUCUGUGCAAACUGUAGUUACCAAGAAGCCAUAUCAAACACAUCACCAGUGGCUGUUAAUAUUCUAUCCUCUUCAUCAGGACUCUUUACACUCCUUUUAGCAUCCAUAUUCCAGAGUUCAACUUCAGACAAAUUUUCAAUGACGAAGCUUGUUGCUGUUCUAAUGAGUGUUACUGGUAUAGUACUGGUUACACUUGCCGACUCAAGAAAAAAGAAAGGCGAAGUCAGUGUUGGAGCAUUGUGGGCCUUGGCCAGUGCAUUCUUGUAUGCUAGCUAUUUAACCAUGUUAAAACGUAAAGUUCCUGAUCAGAAGCAGAUGAACAUUCCAAUGUUUUUUGGUUUGGUGGGAAUGUUUAAUUUCAUUCUUCUUUGGCCUGGAUUUUUCAUACUCAACUAUUGGAAACUUGAACCAUUUACACUUCCUCCAACGACAUCUGUUUGGGGCUAUAUUGCUUUGAAUGCCCUUAUUGGAACAGUUCUGUCAGAGGCCUUGUGGCUGUGGGGCUGUUACUUGACGUCAUCAUUAACAGCUACACUUUCUUUGAGUUUGAUUAUACCGCUGACCAUGAUCGUUGACGUGUUCAUGAAGAGAGUCCAUUUGUCAUGGAUGUUCUUAUUUGGCACGAUACCGGUUUUUGCGUCAUUCUUCGCCGUGAGCUUUUUAUCCCAUUACGGAGACUGGGACCCAAUCUUGAUUGGAUUGAAGAAACUUCUGAAUGGCGAACGGCAACGCAUUGUUGAGAGAUUGGACGUAGAGCAAACAGAGAGCUUGAUAAACGAUUCUGUUCAUGGAGAAGAAAACAAGACCAACAGAGAGGAUGAAAUAGAGACAUAACGAGCUGUGAAAGGGAACAGAAGCAGUCCCUCCCGCUAGGCCCCCCUUCCUACUCUCAAUUUUGUGGUCUCCUUUAGCUUUAUGCCGUCAUGUGAUUUCCGCGUGAUUUCCGACAUCUUACUCAUCCCCAGUCGCCCUCAAAGCAGGCGUAGGAUGGGAGAGCGAUGUGUGAUGGGUAGGGAAAAAGCGAGAGAGGAAAAAUUCUCCUCCUCUUCCUCUUUCCCGUCGCCCUUUUCGUCCCACCCAAACGCCGCGUGCAUUUCAGAGACGACAAGGGACUAGCUAGGUGCAGCAUUGAGCAUAUUUUUGGUGAGAGCCCAAUUAUCCCGCGAAAAGCAGUGACGUCAGUGUUUCGAAAAGUUCCGUUUUAAAAUGCUUCCCGGUCACACUUAAACACGAUCCUGGCGUUUUAAAAUCUGGCUAGUUUAAAGAACUUGCACCGUUCUUAGUGGACGCUUUGUCCUCAUUAGUCUGGAUCGUAAACCUGACCAGAGGAGGGAAGUUUCGUUUUCAAAUGUAUCCGGCGCAUUUUGAACGGGGCCUAUUCAUUUACUUUUGAAGUAGAGAAUUAGCAUGCCUCUUAGCUAUUUAAAAUUUGAUAAUUCUUAAGAGCUUGAGAGUUACUUUGAAUAGUGUUAUCGUAAUAUAAGUGCCUUUUUACAGGUCAAAUUUAUCACGGCAAAAUUACAAAAAUUUUAGUACAUGUUAAGAAUAUCACAUGAAAUUAUAUACAAGUAACUUUUUUCCAAUAAUAUGAGUGGCUUUUUACAAGUCAAAUUUAUUACGACAAAAUUAUAGAAAUUUUAUUUCAUUUUUAGACUUUUACGUGAAAUUAUUUAUAUGUAACUCGUUGCCAAGGUGUACCUUUUUGUUACGACAUAUGGAAGCUUCGGAACGAGUUUGGCUCAUCAGAAUUUUCGUGAAGUUCUCUUCGGCCAUACAAGAUUUGCGAGGAUUACGUUACUUUAGUUCGUGAGCUGUGGAAUUCUCACCUUUGAUUUGAAAAUGUCCGUUAGACAAAGUUUGACUCCUAACAUGUUUGCAUAGAUUACUUAAGAAUGACAGUGGUGACUUCCGUUUAAUUCCUUUAUGUAGAAAGGAAAACGCACCGUUUGAUCGACACUUAAGUACUUGUUUUCGCAUGUAAUGGAGCAAUUUUCAAAGUCUUUUUGCGUCAUGUUUGCUUUACUCUGAUUGGUCCAGAAUCCCGCAUCUCAGCCAAUCGCUUAGAGCCGAUUACCAGUGUUAACCUUGAGCCCUUAUCGGCUUCUUCUUAAAGGUUUAUCUCGUUCCGAUUGGCCGCCGUGAUUCUAUUACACUCCAUUGAAAAGCGCUCUGUUCUCGUUUGUGUAAAGAGACGCAACGGGGAUAUAAUUAAUAAUUACUCUUAAACGAUUCUUAGACAUUCUUAACCCACGUAAGCUGCUAUACCACAUUUUAUUGCAUCAAGGAGCCAUGAGCUGCGUAGAAAGUCAAGUAUGAAUCUAAGGUCAUUUUAAUUAUAAUUUAAAUCAUAUUAUUUAAAUUACAUCUCGGAGAGACUUUAGGAAUAUAUGAACACUGAGGUUUAAAAUGUUACCUGAAACAAGUGUGUUGCCAUGCGCAACUUGUGAUUUCAGGAAUAUAUUUACAUCAGGGAGGAUUCUCUCUUGGUUUGCAAUAAACGAUUGAUUUUUCUUAUUCUUAA